AUGGAAUGGACCUGUCUAGUGAAAUGUGGGGAAGUGAACUACAGAAACGUGAAGAGGAACCACCUGUCUAUGCUGGCUAUAGGUACGUUUCCCCCAUGGAGACGGCGACCUAUGUCAUGGACAUUUUAAAUUCAUCACUAUUACUUGAAAGGUAGCUAAAUGUUUUAGAUUAGGUGAUUAGAUAGAUUAUCUAGCUAUGUGUUUUUACACGUCUUAGGAGUCACUGGCCAUGUCCAAAUACUCGUACAUGCAUUCUAAAUAGUAGGCAUUUUGGGUAUGUGAUUAUUAGUAUUUUACUAUAUAUAUAUAUAUAUAUAUAUAUAUAUAUAUAUAUAUAUAUAUAUAUAUAUAUAUAUAUAUAGUAUGUGAAAUUUCGAAAAUGUAGUAUGAUUUAAAUGCCAGGAUUUCAUACUCAUUUCGGCUUUUCAUCUAGUAGAAUUCAUUGCACGCUAUUGAGGAGAAAAUAAUCAUAUUUCGAGAUUCACGUGUGUUUGACAACAGCUCAUAAUAGCUGAUGGGACGCGCUGUACAAAAAUGUAAGAAUGGCUGGAAUCAACGUAAUUGUGCAUUUAGAUUAAACAUUCUCAGUAGAAUGCUGAUAUUCUUUCCUUACUGCAUUCGUUUUUACUAAACGGUACAUUCUAAGUAGUAUACAGUUUAAGGCAAGCCAGAUUUCAGACACGGCGACUGUUGUAAUUAGCAGUGUCUCUACUGUGUGUUGUAUUGAGCAGUGGCUCUACUGUGUGUUGUAAUGAACAGUCUCUACUGUGUGUUGUAAUGAGCAGAGUGUCUCUACUGUGUGUUGUAAUGAGCAGAGUGUCUCUACUGUGUGUUGUAAUGAGCAGAGUGUCUCUAGUGUGUGUUGUAUUGAGCAGUGUCUCUACUGUGUGGUGUAAUUAGCAGUGUCUCUACUGUGUGUUGUAAUGAACAGUGUCUCUACUGUGUGUUGUAAUGAGCAGAGUGUCUCUACUGUGUGGUGUAAUGAGCAGAGUGUCUCUACUGUGUGGUGUAAUUAGCAGUGUCUCUACUGUGUGUUGUAAUUAAGUGUCUCUACUGUGUGUUGUAAUGAGCAGAGUGUCUCUACUGUGUGUUGUAAUGAAGUGUCUCUACUGUGUGUUGUAAUGAGCAGAGUGUCUCUACUGUGUGUUGUAAUGAGCAGUGUCGCUACUGUGUGUCUCUAAUGUGUCCCACAGGGCUGAACUCCCCAGUACCUGCGUUUUAUGAGGAGAGACGGACCUAAACUGGUGAACGCUGCACCGCUUCUCGCACCCAGCCACUCGGAGGAGGAAGAUGAGUGGACCCCUCGCCUGGAGAGAUGCUGGAGUUAUGUUGUGAAAGCAGAGCAGGAAGAGAUGACUGUCACAGUGAAAGCAGAGCAGGAAGAGAUGACUGUCACAGUGAAAGCAGAGCAGGAAGAGAUGACUGUCACAGUGAAAGCAGAGCAGGAAGAGAUGACUGUCACAGUGAAAGCAGAGCAGGAAGAGAUGACUGUCACAGUGAAAGAUGAUGAGGAAGAGAUGACUGUCACAGUGAAAGCAGAGCAGGAAGAGAUGACUGUCACAGUGAAAGAGGAUGAGGAAGAGAUGACUGUCACAGUGAAAGAAGAGCAGGAAGAGAUGACUGUCACAGUGAAAGAGGAUGAGGAUGAUGAAGAAGAGCAGAUUGGAGAACUGAUUAACACCAGCAGUAAGUAUACCGUAUUAAAAACAGGGGCACAAACUGCCAUUAUUGAACCAAUGUGUGUUUUUAAAGGGGCAUUCUACUGAAGUUCUACACUUGAAUAUGUUGUUCUGUACUGUAGGAAUCGUUAAAGCUACAAAGAUUGGGGGCAGCCAAUGUUAAUUGAUCAAAUACUCUCAUUAUAUUUAUCUGAAUAUCUCUUUCUGUAGUGCAUUGUUCAGUCUCAAUACUCAACAUACCAUGAUAGCAACAUUACUUUUUUAAAACAUGAUUUGAAGCGCUACAUUUCUUUUUAAAAUCUCAACGGUGUUAAUGUCCUUAGUGUUCUUGUUUAUAAGGUAAGACCGACUGAUCUGAUUGAACUCUCUAUGAUACAGUACCACAUUAUUACAACCAACCCUAGUCUAAUUACAAAUUACGGAGAAGACCGAAUCAAGACAAGGAGCAUUUUAGAUGCAUUCAUGUUAAGGGCAUUUUAGAUGUAUUACUAUUUCUUCAGGGUAGCGAGCUAAAUGUUUUAGAUUAGAUGACAAGCUUAGUUAUGCAUCUACAGUGCAUUCGGAAAGUAUUCAGACCCCUUGACUUUUUUCACAUUUUGUUACGUUACAGCAUUAUCGUAAAUUUAUAAAAUAUUUUUUUCCUUCAUCAAUGUACACACAAUACCCCAUAAUGACAAAGCAAAAACAGUUUUUUUGUUUUUUAUAUCACAUUUAAAUAAGUAUUCAGACCCUUUACUCAGUACUUUGUUGAAGCACCCUUGGCAGCGAUUACAGCCUCAAGUCUUCUUGAGUAUGACGCUACAAGCUUGGCACACCUGUAUUUGGGGAGUUUCUCCCAUUUAUCUCUGAAGAUCCUCUCAAGAUCUGGAUAGGGGGCGUCGCUGCAAAGCUAUUUUCAGGUCUCUCCAGAGAUGUUCGAUCGGGUUCAAGUCCGGGCUCUGGCUGGGCCACUCAAGGACAUUCAGAGCAACUCCUGCAUUGUCUUGGCUGUGUGCUUAGGGUCGCUGUCCUGUUGGAAGGUGAACCUUCGCACCAGUCUGAGGUCCUGAGCACUCUGGAGCAGGUUUUCAUCAAGGAUCUCUCUGUACUUUGCUCCGUUCAUCUUUCCAUCCAUCCUGACUAGUCUCCCAGUCCUUGCCGCUAAAAAACAUCCCCACAGCAUGAUGCUGCCACCACCAUGCUUCACCGUAGGGAUGGUGCCAGGUUUCCUCCAGACGUGACGCUUGGCAUUCAGGCCAAAGUGUUCAAUCUUGGUUUCAUCAGACCAGAGAAUCUUGUUUCUCAUUGUUUGAGUCCUUUAGGUGCCUUUUGGCAAACUCCAAGCGGGCUGUCAUGUGCCUUUUACUGAGGAGUGUCUUCCGUCUGGCUACUCUACCAUAAAGGCCUGAUUGGUGGAGUGCUGCAGAGAUGGUUGUCCUUCUGGAAGGUUCUUCCAUCUCCACAGAGGAACUCUGGAGCUCUGUCCGAGUGACCAUCGGGUUCUCCCUGAUCAAGGCCCUUCUCCCCCGAUUGCUCAGUUUGGCCGGACGGCCAGCUCUAGGAAGUCUUGGUGGUUCCAAACUUCUUCCAUUUAAGAAUGAUGGAGGCCACUGUGUUCUUGGGGACCUUCAAUGCUGCAGAAAUGUUUUGGUACCCUUCCCCAGAUCUGUGCCUUAACACAAUCUUGUCUCGGAGCUCAACGGACAAUUCCUUCGACCUCAUGGCUUGGUUUUUGGUUUGACAUGCACUGUCAACUGUGGGACCUUAUAUAGACAGGUGUGUGCAUUUCCAAUUCAUGUCCAAUCAAUUUAAUUUACCACAGGUGGACUCCAAUCAAGUUGUAGAAACAUUUCAAUGAUGGAAACAGGAUGCACCUGAGCGCAAUUUCGAGUCUCAUAGCAAAGGGUCUGAGUACUUAUGUAAAUAAGGUAUUUCUGUUUUUAUUUUUAAUACAUUUGCAAAAAUGUUGACACCUGUUUUCGCUUUGUCAUUAUGGGGUAUUCUGUGUAUAUUUAUGAGAAGAAGAAAAUAUAUUUUUAUCAAUUUUAGAAUAAGGCUGUAACAUAACAAAUUGUGGAUAAAAUCAAGGGGUCUGAAUACGUUCCGAAUGCACUGUAGCUAGAUAGCUAGCCAAUUUGACAAUUAAUGUAGCUAUUUGUAUGAUUUUUACUCCUGUCUCCUAGUAUUGAGUGGUGUCUACUGUGUGUUGUAAUGAGCAGUGUCUCUACUGUGUGUUGUAUUGAGCAGAGUGUCUCUACUGUGUGUUGUAUUGAGUUAGUGUCUCUAAUGUGUCCCUCAGGGCUGAACUCCCCGGUACCUGCGUUUAUGAGGAAAGGCAGACCUAAACUGGUAAACAUUGCUCCGCUUCUCGCACCCAGCGAAUCCGAGGAGGAUGAGUGGACCCCUCGACUGGAGAGAUGCCCACCAGGUAGAGCAGUAGUAGUAAAUUAGGAUGUUAUAAGAAGUAUGGUGUUAGUAGAACGAUAGGAUCUACCCAGAUACCACCAGGCUAGUAGGACCUACCCAGAUACCACCAGGCUAGUAGACUGGUAGGACCUACCCAGAUACCACCAGGCUAGUAGACUGGUAGGACCUACCCAGAUACCACCAGGCUAGUAGACUGGUAGGACCUACCCAGAUACCACCAGGCUAGUAGACUGGUAGGACCUACCCAGAUACCACCAGGCUAGUAGACUGGUAGGACCUACCCAGAUACCACUAAGCUAGUAGACUGGUAGGACCUACCCAGAUACCACUAGGCUAGUAGACUGGUAGGACCUACCCAGAUACCACCAGGCUAGUAGACUGGUAGGACCUACCCAGAUACCACUAGGCUAGUAGACUGGUAGGACCUACCCAGAUACCACCAGGCUAGUAGACUGGUAGGACCUACCCAGAUACCACUAGGCUAGUAGACUGGUAGGACCUACCCAGAUACCCCCAGGCUAGUAGACUGGUAGGACCUACCCAGAUACCCCCAGGCUAGUAGACUGGUAGGACCUACCCAGAUACCACUAGGCUAGUAGACUGGUAGGACCUACCCAGAUACCACUAGGCUAGUAGACUGGUAGGGCUAAAGGAGUGGAAGGUAUGCUAAAAGAAGUCAGGUUAGUAGUAGAGAGGAAGGUGCCAUAAAAUGUUACCUGUUAGUUCUGGUAACCUGUUAGUUCUGGUAACCUGUUAGUUCUGGUAACCUGUUAUAUUAUGUCCCUGUGGUCUGUCCUUCCUCACAGCACCCCGGAGCUUCCGACCCUCAACCAGGAGACCAGCAGCGUCUCAGGGAAUCCCUCAGGCUGCCACACCUACAGUACAGGUGAGUGUUAUUUAAAACAGUAUAGGUGAGUGUUAUUUAAAACAGUACAGGUGAGUGUUAUUUAAAACAGUACCGGUGAGUGUUAUUUAAAACAGUACAGGUGAGUGUUAUUUAAAACAGUACCGGUGAGUGUUAUUUAAAACAGGACAGGUGAGUGUUAUUUAAAACAGUACCGGUGAGUGUUAUUUAAAACAGUACCGGUGAGUGUUAUUUAAAACAGUACAGGUGAGUGUUAUUUAAAACAAGGCCGGUGAGUGUUAUUUAAAACAGGACAGGUGGGUGUUAUUUAAAACAGUACAGGUGAGUGUAAUUUAAAACAGUACAGGUGAGUGUUAUUUAAAACAGUACCGGUGAGUGUUAUUUAAAACAGUACCGGUGAGUGUUAUUUAAAACAGGACAGGUGAGUGUUAUUUAAAACAGGACAGGUGAGUGUUAUUUAAAACAGGACAGGUGAGUGUUAUUUAAAACAGGACAGGUGAGUGUUAUUUAAAACAGUACAGGUGAGUGUUAUUUAAAACAGUACCGGUGAGUGUUAUUUAAAACAGGACAGGUGAGGUGUUAUUGAAAACAGUACCGGUGAGUGUUAUUUAAAACAGGACAGGUGAGUGUUAUUUAAAACAGGACAGGUGAGGGGUUAUUUAAAACAGGACAGGUGAGUGUUAUUUAAAACAGUACAGGUGAGUGUUAUUUAAAACAGUACCGGUGAGUGUUAUUUAAAACAGGACAGGUGAGUGUUAUUUAAAACAGUAUAGGUGAGUGUUAUUUAAAACAGUACAGGUGAGUGUUAUUUAAAACAGGACAGGUGAGUGUUAUUUAAAACAGUACAGGUGAGUGUUAUUUAAAACAGUACCGGUGAGUGUUAUUUAAAACAGUACAGGUGAGUGUUAUUUAAAACAGGACAGGUGAGUGUUAUUUAAAACAGUACAGGUGAGUGUUAUUUAAAACAGUACCGGUGAGUGUUAUUUAAAACAGUACCGGUGAGUGUUAUUUAAAACAGUACAGGUGAGUGUUAUUUAAAACAAGGCCGGUGAGUGUUAUUUAAAACAGGACAGGUAGUGUUAUUUAAAACAGUACAGGUGAGUGUAAUUUAAAACAGUACAGGUGAGUGUUAUUUAAAACAGUACCGGUGAGUGUUAUUGAAAACAGUACCGGUGAGUGUUAUUUAAAACAGGACAGGUGAGUGUUAUUUAAAACAGGACAGGCGAGUGUUAUUUAAAACAGUACCGGUGAGUGUUAUUUAAAACAGGACAGGUGAGUGUUAUUUAAAACAGGACAGGUGAGUGUUAUUUAAAACAGGACAGGUGAGUGUUAUUUAAAACAGUACCGGUGAGUGUUAUUUAAAACAGGACAGGUGAGUGUUAUUGAAAACAGUACCGGUGAGUGUUAUUUAAAACAGGACAGGUGAGUGUUAUUUAAAACAGGACAGGUGAGGGGUUAUUUAAAACAGGACAGGUGAGUGUUAUUUAAAACAGUACAGGUGAGUGUUAUUUAAAACAGUACCGGUGAGUGUUAUUUAAAACAGGACAGGUGAGUGUUAUUUAAAACAGUAUAGGUGAGUGUUAUUUAAAACAGUACAGGUGAGUGUUAUUUAAAACAGGACAGGUGAGUGUUAUUUAAAACAGGACAGGUGAGUGUUAUUUAAAACAGUACCGGUGAGUGUUAUUUAAAACAGGACAGGUGAGUGUUAUUUAAAACAGGACAGGUGAGUGUUAUUUAAAACAGUACAGGUGAGUGUUAUUUAAAACAGUACCGGUGAGUGUUAUUUAAAACAGGACAGGUGAGUGUUAUUUAAAACAGUACAGGUAACUGCACAGGUGACUAGCAUAUUAUACAUUUGGGGUGUUUUUUCUCUUCUCUUAGAUACUAGUGCUCUAAAGGGUUGGAGUUAAAUUAUGAAUUAAAUUAUGAUGGUACUGUAGAUAUUUACAUUUACAUUUACGUCAUUUAGCAGACGCUCUUAUCCAGAGCGACUUACAAAUAGGUACUUUCACCCUAUAGCCAGUGGGAUAACCACUUUACAAUGUUUGUUUUUUUGGGGGGGGGGGGUUGGAGUAAAGGGGGGGGGGGGGUAGAAGGAUUACUUUAUCCUAUCCCAGGUAUUCCUUAAAGAGGUGGGGUUUCAAAUGUCUCCGGAAGGUGGUGAGUGACUCCGCUGUCCUGGCGUCGUGAGGGAGCUUGUUCCACCAUUGGGGUGCCAGAGCAGCGAACAGUUUUGACUGGGCUGAGCGGGAACUAUGCUUCAUUGUGGAUAUAAUGUUAUGUAAUCCUGUAGAGGACUCUGACAGCUCUGUCUAGUCAGCAUUGUCAUAUUACAGCCCAACCCCCUUUGGUCCUAAAAAUAAUGGAAUGAAAUGAUGAUAAAUAUCAUGUUCUGUGGUCAUCCCAUUAUGCCCUCAGCAGCCCCCCAGCGGAGAGGAGGCAGGACCCAGUAAUAUGAGGACAGAACCACCCCAGCCAUUCCUGGAGGUGCUGACUGAAGAAGUGGCCUUCCUCAGAGACGGCAGCACAGCAGACACACACAGUGGAGGACAGGAGGGGCUAGGAGACAAGGUGUGUGUGUGUUACUGUCAUACACAUAACACAACACACAAUAUAUUUUAAUUAAUGAUGCUACAAAACAAAGGUCAAGUGAUGAUGACACACAGACCCAGUGGUCAGUUUGAACUCUCCUCUGGUCUCUUUCCAGGAGGGUCAGAGUGAAGUGACCCCCAGCACCAGUGGAGAGGAGGCAGGGAGAUCCACUCAGGGAAGGGGGGCAGACACCCCAGCUGUCACUCAGAGAGGGGCUCCCUUGUUGUACUCCAAACCAUCAACCUCAGGUAACAGAGACAGACAGGAAUAGACUGUUAGUUUGAUAUUGUGAUUUUAUUUGGUCUGAGAGAAAAGAUGAGGCACAUUGACUGUUUCUGGAAAAAUACAUUAUAAUAAUAAUAAUAAUUAUUAUCUUAUUCCACAUGCAAUAUGGCUAUUAUUUUAAUAUGGCUAUUAUUUUCAGUUGUCUGUGUGUGUGUACAGUGCCUUCGGAAAGUAUUCACACCCCUUGUCUUUUCUCCCCAAAACAAUUUGGUUACAGCCUGAAAUGUUUAAAAAAACAUUAUUGAGAUGUUUUGGUCACUGGCCUACAUACAAUACCCCAUAAUGUCAAAGUGGAAUUAUGUUUUUUCUAAAUUGUUACUAAUUAAACAUUCAAUAAGUAUUCAACCCCUUUGUUAUGGCAAGCCUAAACAAGUUCCUGAAUAAACAUUUGCUUAACAAGUCACAUAAUAAGUUGCAAGGACUCACUCUGUGUGCAAUAAUAGGUCCCUCAGUCGAGCAGUGAAUUUCAAAUAAACACCAGGGAUGUUUUCCAAUGCCUCGCAAAGAAGGGCACCUAUUGGUAGAUGGGUAAAAAAAAGCAGACAUUGAAUAUCCCUUUGAGCGUGGUGAAGUUAUUAAUUACACUUUGGAUGGUCUAUCAAUACACCCAGUCAUUACAAAGAUACAUGCGUCCUUCCUAACUCAGUUGCCGAAGAGGAAGGAAACCGCUCAGGGAUUUCACCAUGAACCCAAUGGUGACUUUAAAACAGUUAGAGUUUAAUGGCUGUGAUAGGAGAAAACGGACUAUGGAUCAACAUUGUAGUUACUACACAAAACUAACCUAAUUCACAGAGUGAAAAGAAGGGAACCUGUACAGAAUAAAACAUAUUUGAAAACAUGCAUUCUGUUUGCAACAAGGCACUAAAAUAGUACUGCAAACAUUGUGGCAAAUAAAUUAACUUUUUGUCCUGAAUACAAAGUGUUAUGUUUGGGGCAAAUACAAUACAACACAUUACUGAAUACCACUCUCCAUAUUUUCAAGCAUAGUGGUGGCUGCAUCAUGUUAUGGGUAUGCUUGUAAUCGUUAAAUACUGGGGAGUUUUUCAGGAUAAAAAAUAAACGGAAUAGAGCUAAGCACAGGCAAAAUCCUAGAGGAAAACCUGGUUCAGUCUGCUUUCCACCAGACACUGGAAGAUGAAUUCACCUUUCAGCAGGACAAUAACUUAAAACACAAGGCCAAAUCUACACUGAAGUUGCUUAUCAAGAAGACAGUGGAUGUUCCUGAGUGGCCGGGUUACAGUUUUGACUUAAAUCUACUUGAAAAUCGAUGGCAAGGCCUGAAAAUGGUUGUCUAGCAAUGAUCAACAACCAAUUUGACAGAGCUUGAAGAGUUUUUUAAAGAAUAAUGGGCAAAUGUUGCACAAUCCAGGUGUGGAUUAGAGACUUACCCUGAAAGACUCACAGCUGUAAUCGCUGCCAAAGGUGCUUCUACAACGUAUUGACUCAGGGGUGUGAAUACUUAUGUAAAUUAUUUUCACGUUUUUUCCUCCCCCUUUUGAAUUCAGGCUGUAACACAACACUGUGGAAUAAGUCAAAGGAUGUGAAUACUUUCUGAAGGCACUGUUGUUUGCAUGUAUUGGAUGUGUGCGUCAGACCUGUGUAAGAAGAGAGAGUGGCUGGAAAGACAGAAAGACACGUACAAGCACGGCAGAAACCUGAAAGACAGACCAAGAAUCACUUACACAGAAGAGGAGGUCCCCAAAGAUGACCACUACCUCUGUGAGUCUUUCGCUCCGAGUCCUCUCUCUCAAGAGAGAGCGAGAGAGGCUCUCUAUAGAUCUCUGAGAGCGAGUGUAUCUAUAAAUCUCUAUAUAUCUCUCUGCUCUCUCUCUAUCGAUGCUCUCUCUCUACGCUCAUCUCUGCUCUCUCUCUUCUCUCUCUCUCUCUCUCUCAAUCUGAGAGACAAUGGCUAUCUCUAUGAGUCUGGACCUAGAACAAAGAGGAAUUUAUUGUCAACAUUUUAAGAAAGCAUUCUUGUCAUUUACAGGGCCAAAAAUACAAUAUUUGGUCCACCAGCCACAGUGACAGGUAGAUUAAAACAUCUACCAGCCACAGAUUUUUUACCAGCCAAAAUAUCUUUGCGCCAUAAUAUAUAUAUGAAUAUAUAUAAAAAACAGAUGGUAUAUUGCUAAAUUGUAUUACAUUUUUGGUGACCUGAGACGAGACAAAAUGUUCAACUGCCCCUUUAAGGGCGGGAGGUUACCGUGGUAACAUGGGUCGUGUCACUGUGUGUGUGUGUGUGUGUGUGUGUGUGAGAUUUGGGAUUGGAUCUAACUAGUAGUAGAUGGUAUCAUUUGAAGCAGCAGACUCAAAUUAACAUUGAAAAACAACCAAGCUUGUGAACAAAACAAUGUAAAUAGUCAAGAAACACGAGGACAAAGUCUCACUUUGUAGACUUUAGAGUAAAUGAGACAAUUUGUUAUGCCUGUGCGCAACGCCUCCCAAAACAAUAUGAUCAGCACAGUGCGCACAGCUCCCCAGCCAGGCAGUGUUGCUGCUCGAGGUGGGAUAUUGGAUUCCUAGUUCUUUGUGCGAUUUAGCAGCUAUGAAACGAAACGGCAGAAAUGCUUUGAAAACCACUACUGCAGCAUUUUCUGCAAUUUGGCAGUACGCCCAGAACCUUGUUUAGAGAAAGGUUUCAAGGUCUCAGCUUAGAGAGAAGAAACCUUGUGAGGUAUUGGUCUGUCACAUGCAUGGCCCAGUAUUGGUCGUCACAUGAAUGAAGAAAACAUUAAUUAUGAAUGAUGAAUAAGCUAAAUCAUGCAAAUAUAACUUGUCAGUAUAUAAGGGAGCUAACGGGACUGCCCCAUUAGAGCUCCUGACAGAUGUUCACUAUGGUGCAUCAAGUUUGUUGGAACCUCUCCAGCGCACUGAUAAUAAACAAUGAUUCAUUUAAGAUGGACUUUGAGUGUCCCUGUGUAAGAAUUUCCACGACAGUAUCAUCCCCAUGUUUGUUCCCCUCUCUCUCUCUCUCUCUCUCUCUCUCUCUCUAUCUCUCUCUCUCUCUCUCUCUUCUCUUUCUCUCUCUCUGCUCUCGCUCCUCGCUCUCUCGCCUCUCUAUCGCUGUCUCUCUCUCUCUCGCUGUCUCUCUCUCUGUCUCUCUCUCUCUCUGUCUCUCUGUUUCUCUCUCUCUCUCUUUGUCUCUCUCUUUGUCUCUCGCUGUCUCGCUCUCUCUCUCUCGCUCUCUCUCUCGCUGUCUCUCUCUCUCUCGAUGUCGCUCUCGCUGUCUCUCUCUUCUGCUCUCUGCUCUCUCGCUCUCUCCUCUCGCCUGUCUCUCUCUCUCGUGUCUCUCUCUCUGCUCUCUCUCUCUCGCUGUCUCUCUGUCUCUCUCUGGUCUCUCUCGCUGUCUCUCUCUCUUCUCUCUCUCUCUCUCUUAUGUCUACUCUUCGUCUCUCUCUCUCUCUGGCUCUCUCUCUCUCUCUCUCUCUCUCUCUCUCUCUCUCUCUCUCUACCUCUCUGCAUGUCUUCAUCAUCAUCAUCAUGAUAACUGACGUUUAACAUGUUCUAUUUAUCUUUCUCUCUCCCAGACUGUGAGGACUGCAAGUCUUUCUUCAUGGAGGAGUGUGAGCUCCAUGGUCCUGCUCUCUUUGUCCCUGACAUCCCUGCCCCUCUAGGAGCCCCUGACAGGGCCAGACUCACCCUGCCGUCCGGCCUGGAGGUCAGGACAUCAGGCAUCCCUGAAGCAGGACUGGGGGUAUUCAACCAAGGAAACACUGUGCCUGCAGGAGCCCACUAUGGACCUUAUGAAGGAGAGAUCACAGACAAGGACCAGGCCAUGGAGAGUGGAUACUCCUGGGUGGUGAGAGGAGUGUGUGUGUGUGUCAUCGCGCUGUGCUUACAUUUUGUCCAACCUGAUCAAAACUGUAAAUAUGAAUUGUUGUUUUCCUCAGAUCUACAAGAGCAAACACUGGGACGACUACAUUGAUGCUGGGAAAGACACUCACUCCAACUGGAUGAGGUGAGCAACACUGUGAAGUACAGAGGAAGUCUCACAGUCCUCUUCCUCCUUCUGUUUCUCUCUGUAAGUACAGAGGAAGUCUCAGUCCUCUUCCUCCUCCUGUUUCUCUCUGUAAGUACAGAGGAAGUCUCACAGACCUCUUCCUCCUCCUGUUUCUCUCUGUAAGUACAGAGGAAGUCACAGUCCUCAGUUUCCUCCUGUUUCUCUCUGUAAGUACAGAGGAAGUCUCAGUCCUCUUCCUCCUGUUUCUCUCUGUAAGUACAGAGGAAGUCCUACAGUCCUCUCUAUCUCUGCCUCAUACCUAAUAACUUCAAUAAAUCCUUCUCUUUUAUUCCCAUAUGUUUUCCCUCAUUAUUUUCUCCAUACAUAAUUAACCCCUCUGUUAACUCUCUCUCUCAGGUAUGUGAACUGUGCUCGUAGAGAAGAAGAACAGAAUCUGGUGGCCUUCCAGUACAGAGGAGAGAUUCUAUACCGCUGCUGUAAGCCUAUAGCUGUUGGAGAGGAGCGCUUGGUUUGGUACGGAGAGGAGUACGCCAGAGACCUGGGCAUUGUCUUCGACUACCUCUGGGACAAAAAGAGCUCUGCUAAAGGUACUUUACUCUCUCUCCCCUCUUCCUCCUCUCUUCAUCCCUCUCUUUAUCUUUUAAGGUACUUUAAUGUUAUUUCCACCUUGUCUGUCAUUUUCUUAUUCUACUACAUUUUCCAGCUUCAAUAAAAUGUCGACAAAACAAAAUGACAAGGUGGGAUCUUUUUUGUGUCUGUAGAAUGUAUUAUGCGCGAAAUGGCUGUGGAAACAAAUAUGAAUAACCAUCAUAUUGAAGUAGGUAGCUUAGUGGUUAAGAGCGUUGUGCCAGUAACCGAAAGGUCGCUGGUUCUAAUCCCCGAGCCGACUAGGUGAAAAAUCUGUCGAUGUGCCCUUGAGCAAGGCACUUAACCCUAAUUGCUUCUGUAAGUGGCUCUGGAUAAGAGCGUAGGCUAAAUGACUAAAAUGUAAAAAAUGUAAAAGUAAACUUGGAGUCACGCGAUAUGUUGUGUGGUCCUCCCACUACGACUCAUGCAGUUUAUUAAGCUACAGAUGAAAUAACUUCACAGGGUGGUGAAAGCGCACGGUGAUGAGCUUGAUGCUCCUUCCCAAUAAACAUUGAGGGUCUUAUUCUGGUGACAUGAUGAUCGAUGCUUGGCUGCCAUUUGACAAAAAAAAAGAAUCUGGCUCUUUUUUCCAUAAUAAGAAUCUCAUCAUGUUGGUAGUCUACCCCCACUGUAUCUGUGAGCUGUUGGCUAGAGAGCACGUGCAAAGACCAGAGUGGGCACAUUUGCUAUGUAACACAUUUCUUUGUGACAAAACGGUCAGUAGAGUUGAAAAUUGCGAUGGAAACCCAUUUACUUGUAUUUAUUAUUCGGUACAUGUGAAUUUACCCUGUUAAACUCUGAGUUGUUGUUUUGGACCCGGGUCCAGCGAGUUUGGGGGAGGUUUCUGUCAAAAAAUAAAAAGUGACAUCAUCAUUUGAAAGCUACAGUCCUUGUCUUUUUGGAAAUCAAACUAAGAUCUUAAUGCUAGCAAUGUCAUAAGAAUCCCCCCCACUGCCCCCCCAUAAAGACCAUGAAUCAUGCGCUCAUUGUUUACAGUAGGAAAAGUGAAUGGAAAAAUAAGUUUGAAGUUUCCUCCCCUGUCUGUGUCUUAUAAAUAAAUACAUUUGAAGUCGGAAGUUUACAUACACUUAGGUUGGAGUCAUUAAAACUAGUUUUUCAACCACUCCACAAAUUUCUUGUUAACAAGCUAUAUAGUUUUGGCAAGUCGGUUAGGACAUCUACUUUGUGCAUGACACAAGUAAUUUUUCCAACAAUUGUUUACAGACAGAUUAUUUCACUUAUAAUUCACUGUAUCACAAUUCCAGUGGGUCAGACGUUUACAUACACUAAGUUGACUGUGCCUUUAAACAGCUUGGAAAAUUCCAGAAAAUGAUGUCAUGGCUUUAGAAGCUUCUGAUAGGCUAAUUGACAUAAUUUGAGUCAAUUGGAGGUGUUUCUGUGGAUGUAUUUCAAGGUCUACCUUCAAACUCAGUGCCUCUUUGCUUGACAUCAUGGGAAAAUCUAAAGAAAUCAGCCAAGACCUCAAAAAAUCUUUGUAGACCUCCACAAGUCUGGUUCAUCCUUGAGAGCAAUUUCCAAAUGCCUGAAGGUACCACGUUCAUCUGUACAAACAAUAGUACGCAAGUAUAAACACCAUGGGACCACGCAGCCAUCAUACCGCUCAGAAAGGAGACGCGUUCUGUCUCCUAGAGAUGAACGUACUUUGGUGCGAAAAGUGCAAAUCAAUCCCAGAACAACAGCAAAGGACCUUGUGAAGAUGCUGGAGGAAACGGGUACCAAAGUAUCUAUAUCCACAGUAAAACGAGUCCUAUAUCGACAUAACCUGAAAGGUGGCUCAGCAAGGAAGAUGCCACUGCUCCAAAACCGCCAUAAAAAAGCCAGACUACGUUUUGCAACUGCACAUGGGGACAAAGAUCAUACUUUUUGGAGAAAUGUCCUCUGGUCUGAUGAAACAAAAAUGUAACUAUUUGGCCAUAAUGACCAUCGUUAUGUUUGGAGGAAAAAGGGGGUUGCUUGCAAGCCGAAGAACACCAUCCCAACAGUGAAGCAUGGGGUGGCAGCAUCAUGCUGUGGGGGUGCUUUGCUACAGGAGGGACUGGUGCACUUCACAAAAUAGAUGGCAUCAUGAGGAAGGAAAAUGAUGUGGAUAUAUUGAAGCAAAAUCUCAAGACAUCAGUCAGGAAGUUAAAGCUUGGUCGCAAAUGGGUCUUCCAAAUGGACAAUGACCUCAAGCAUACUUCCAAAGUUGUGGCAAAAUGGCUUAAGGACAACCAAGUAAAGGUAUUGGAGUGGCCAUCACAAAGCCCUGACCUCAAUCCUAUGAAAAUCUGUGGGCAGAACUGAAAAAGCGUGUGCGAGUUACACCAGCUCUGUCAGGAGGAAUAGGCCAAAAUUCCCCCAACUUAUUGUGGGAAGCUUGUGGAAGGCUACCCGAAACAUUUGACCCAAGUUAAACAAUUUAAAGGCAAUGCUACCAAAUACUAAUUGAGUGUAUGUAAACUUCUGACCCACUGGGAAUGUGAUGAAAUAAAUAAAAGCUGAAAUAAAUCAUUCUCUCUACUAUUAUUCUGACAUUUCGCAUUCUUAAAAUAAAAUGGUGAUCCUAACUGACCUAAGACAGGGCAUUUUUACUAGGAUUAAAUGUCAGGAAUUGUGAAAAACUACGUUUACAUGUUUUUGGCUAAGGUGUAUGUAAACUUCCGACUUCAACUGUAACUCCACAACAUGAAAGCCCUGAUUUGUCAUUUUAAGACGACAGGCAUUUUGGCACAGUGCCUCACUACCCAAACCAGACGUAACUGGUUUCAAGUGGCCAAGAGACGUCAACUGCUAUCUAGUGCACGAACUGGGAAUUAGACGGGGGAUAUAUUUACAUCAAUGGAUAGGUAGAGACUUCAGCUUUCUCCUCAUACUGUAUAUACAGUACCAGUCAAACGUUUGGACAUACCUACUCAUUCAAGGAUUGAAAUAAUAAACAAUUCAACGGUUGAGAGAUUGCCAAGAGUGUGCAAAGCUGUCAUCAAGGCAAAGGGUGGCUAUUUGAAGAAUCUCAAAUAUAAAAUAUAUUUUGAUUUGUUUAACACUUUUUUGGUUACUACAUGAUUCCAUAUGUGUUAUUUAAUAGUUUUGAUGUCUUCACUAUUAUUCUACAAUGUAAAAAAAAGACAAAAAGAAAGAAAAACCCUUGAAUGAGUAGGUGUGUCCAAACAUUUGACUGGUAGUGUAUAUCAGUGAACACGCAUAACAAAACGUUUAUUUUUUAAGUGCCGCUAAUGAUCUUGCCUUGGUGCAGACAGCAUCAGAGUUUGAGGUUAACUGUAAAAGUUAUUUUUAUUUGCACUAAGUCAUCACACACAGCAUUUGUCAGUUUGAUGGAAACGCAUCUCUGGUGGGAAAUAUUGUUUUUAAUGCGGAUUUUAGAAUAUUUGCAUGAAAAUCUAAUGCCAAUUUAUUGGUAUCCUAGCUAAUGACAAAUCAUUGAUUUUGAUUUUAAACAAUGUUUUCUGUUGUGUAUUAUCAUGUCCUGAGAUGUUCCUGUUCAGGUCACAUAGUCAGGAAAACAUGUAUGUUUUAAAUGAUUAUAUUUAUUGUGAUUUCCCUUAUCUUAAUUGUUCUCUCUCUCUCACUCUCUCACACACAGAUGUGAACGUUGAGUCUUUCCAGAUCUUCUCGUGUUCUGGCUGUCCGUUCUCCUUCACUUCUCAGAUCUUCCUCCUCAAGCACAUAAAGAGAUGUCACCAUGAUGAGUAUGUCAGACUGUUGAGGAGUGGAGAGAUCAGAUCAGAGAAUCUCAUGUCCUCCAGCAGCUCACAACACCAUGGAACCACAUCA